UAAUAAUCUAUCAAGAAUGGGCACCCUUUUUAGAGCUGGAGGAUGAAACAGAUUUUGAGAGGUAGCUGCGAAUGGAUGUUGAUAGAACUAGAAAGGACGGGAAGAUACAAUAUAAGGGAUUAAUAGAGUCAAAAGGCGAAGUGUAGACGGUGAGUUAACCCGGGAGAGAUGUCUCUCGAUUAUGUGGCAAAAAACGAACAAGUCAACAGAGAGGUGAAACCUUGACCUCCAAAUUUUUCGCCGCAGGGAGGCCACCAAAGAGUGAGGGGUCCUUAUAUACUUCUAGCAUCCGAAGCGAUUAGUGAAAACCCGAACAACAGCAUUUCCAUCAAGUUUACAACAUGUCAUACGGUACGGCAGUGAACAGACUAUCGUCGAAGUCCAGAUUAGUCUUGUCUUCGCGCUCGGGACAAAGUGAUGUACGCGUUAAAUGGUCAGCCGGCCAGCCAGUAUUUUGACCCUUCGCUCGAAGUAGGUAAAAGCACUAUCCAACGUCGCUUGUCGGCGCUGAACUUUUCGUGUGAUCGGAAACAAGGGAAUGAACCCACUCUGCAGUCCAUCGAGGUUGGUGUUGCUCCGACUGAGCUCGGGAAGCACACAGCAUGGUGGUUCCAUAUCUGGAACUGUGUUCUCCGUCCUUUUAGCCUGCUCAGCCCAAAUCUGUAUAUACUGGACAUAUCCAUGUCCGUAUCGAUAUUGGUGGUGGCGUAGUACGCAGAUUGAUAAUGUUUGCUCAACGCGACACCGUUCUAACGAACUCUUAAUUCUCUUUCAUCUGAACUGACCCGGAGACGUGGGACGUUGUCCAUUGACGACAGGGCCAUCUUGGCUAUAGGACUUGGGAAGCACUGCAUCCCGUUCGAUCUGUGAAGUUAAGUUCGAAAGCCGCUUAAGUAAUUCGAUGUCCUUUGCAAAACUUCAUGAAGAGAGUGAACAAAUGUGAACGAGGAGAAGACGAGGCGUGUACACGUAGA